AUGAGUGAGAUCGUGAGAGUUCAAGAGAUCAAUCACAAGUCUGCAUACAUAAAGAUAAUCCCCAAGAACUGCUUCAAUCUUGUUACGAUCAUAUCGAACGUUUCUACUUCUGAUCUCUCGUUCGCAUCUAAUGGGAGCUUCAAAGACUUCGUUUCUGUAUUAUUGGCUCGACGUGACAGUUACCGUGCAAGGAGGUUCUCUUUGAAACUGCGGUCUUUGGAUUUUGAUUCAGAUACGUACAAUCUUGUCAGUGAUUGUGUACGCAACGUGCUGAAUCGAGGUGUUUUGUUUCUUGAAUUGGACGUAAAUGUCGAAGAAGGUUACGCACUGCCAUCUGAAGUCUUCACUUGCAAGAAAGUUGUGAAAUUGAGACUAGGGUCUGGUUUUGUUAUUGAAAACAUCCCUAAGGAGGCUUUGUUUCCAUCUCUGAAGGAUCUCCUUCUCGAUAGAGUUAUCUUCAAUGAUACUAAUGGUGAUUGUGCGUUUACAAAGCUUGUUUCUGCUUGCCCUGUGCUUGAGGAGUUAGUCAUAUACAGGAACAAAAAUGACGACUGGAAAUGGUCUCGCGUUGUGUCUAGCCAGAUCCUUAAGAGACUCACUAUUCGAUGUGAAGAAAGUGGAUAUUAUGAGGGCUGUAGUUAUGAGCCUAUUAGUUUUGACACUCCAAGUCUUGAAUACUUUGAAUACUGUGAUGUUAUACGAGAUGAGUAUCCUGUUGUUAAUCUCAACUCACUUGUUAAAGCUAAGCUAGAGCUUCCUUUUUUUAUGGGUGGUGAUGACUAUGAUGCUAGCAAUCUGAUGAAGGGUAUGAAAAAUGUUCAGAUUCUAAGCUUAGGCGCUGCUGAGACGAUGCAGGUAAUUUGGACCUUCAGAGAAGCAGUACCAGUGUUUGAAAACCUGUAUGAUUUAUCACUCAGUACUGAAGAAGAUUUCUGUUGGGAUGCUCUGCCAAUCCUGCUUGACAAGUCUCCCAAUCUUAAGACUCUCACCAUUGAGGCUUUGCAUUAUACUUCUGAAUGCAAUGGGGAUGUGAACUCUGUUUGCAAAUGCUUGAAGGGGUAUUCUUUCUUGUUGUCCAGCCAUAUUGAGGUUCUAAAGAUAACCCAAUUCGAGGGAAAUAUCAGAGAGAUGGUGCAGGUAAUGCAUGUCUUGGAGAAAUUGCAGCGUCUUGAGCUGUUGGAACUUCAUAUUCAGGAAAACGAAGAUGACUUAAAGCUACAGAUCAUGUUGGAUCUCCUAAUGCUUCCAAGAGCUUCGUCGAAAUGCAAAGUCCUGGUCGAUUUUCCUGAGCAAACUCCAGUUUGUUAG